GGCCAGGAGGCCGGCGGAGCGGCGGCCGGCCCGCGGUGGUGCGAGAGCGGCAGCAGUGUAGUGUGAGUCGUGUGCUAGUGUAGUCCACGAGCCCCGCCUCCGCCACUCUCCUCAACACUUCCCUAUCACCGCCACACGGUGUGGGCGUAAAGAGGGCUGGGUCAGGUGCAUGUGGGCGUGGCUACUACCUUACACUGCCCACCGGCCCACCUACCCACCCACCCACCCACCACUGCCCACCCGCCAGGCCGACACACAGGAACCACCAGUCACCCACAUUGUAGCCUUGGCCUCUCAUCGUCCCCUGUGAAGAAAACGGCAGUAAUUAUUUUUCACAUUACGGUAAUUAAGCGGGUGGAGGACGGUACUGUGUCGUGAGGUCCCUGAGCCACACCUGCCGUGAGGUCCCGAAGCCACACCUGCCGUGAGGGGCCCCGAAGCCACACCUGCCGUGUGUGUGUGUGUGUGUGUGGAAGACGAUACUGUGGCGUGAGGUCCCUGAGCCACACCCGCUCUCAGUUUAUGUCGGCUGGGCCAAGCAGGAGCCUAGGACCACCUCUCGACUGGUGUUCCUCAUAUACCAGCUGGAACCUGCACUGAUUCUUGAAAUGAAACUGGCUUUUGUCGGGUUGUGAUGAGCAGCGGGAGGUGACGUAGCGGCUGAUGCCUCGUACGAGGUUGAAAUAUACGCCAGGGUAACCCGUACCUAGUCAUGAGUCGCGUGUCACUAACGCCCAAGUUUUGUGUCAAGUAGUUUCUUAAUAAUCUUAGGCCUAUGCGUCUAGUUGGCCACUUGGAAAUUCAUUGUGUUGUUAAUGAGCUAAUAAUUUAUUCCUAGAAAUGUAGGUGUUGAGAAAGAAUAAUUUCACCAGAAUGUGGAUGACUCUACGAGGAUUACUUGGCCACUGUGAGAGAAGAUCAGGAAACUUGACGGAGGAUUCCUGAGGGAGCGACGACAACUUGGGAUGUUGUCCUGCCAACGGUGGAAUUGAACAGUUUGCAAUUGUAAGUGUCAUAAUAUACGCGUGGAGUGUUUCAGUGCCAAUAUGGAUAGCCAGGGAGGUGGUGUUGGUUCAGAAGUGUACAUAGACUGUGUGUGAGUGAGUGAGUGUGUGUGUGUCGCGCUGGACGAUGGUGGCUGCCAGCGUCAGUUGGCCCCUCGUGCACACCCGGGUGUAGCUCCUGGAGCCCGGCGUCCACUGCAACUCUUAGUGCGUGUUGUUGUUGUGUGGCGAGCCUCGCAGGCAUACUCGCUCCUACCCCCCUGGGUCCACUCCACCACCAACACCAUCUCCGCCACCAUGGGCUUCAACAGCACCGUGCUGGAGCCCAUCGUCACCACCAUUGCUUCCAUCUUGCUCUUAUCCAACAACCUCACCGACGAAGAUGGGUUCAAUCUCUCUUCCUCGGCAUCUUCCACGAUAUCCUCGACGACGGGCGGCACGACGCCCACGCCGGCGCCCACGACCUUCACCACAGAGCCCAGCUUCCCUAACAGCCACGGUAUCCAAGGCAUCAUAAAGAUGGGCGGCAUUACCUAUACCGACUUCCCCGUCUGCACCAGCUGGCUUCCGAUCAACCAUAUCUACUUCCAGCUCGCCAACAUAUUCCUCUUCCUGUCGUACCUGGCGCCUAAUGGCAUCUACGGGAUUCUGUACCUACGCAUCACCCUCACCAUCGGCUGCAUGUUCUUCAGCCUCUGGGGGUGGGUGGUGCUCUGCGCCUUCGACACCUUCCUCUGGAACGCCAUCUUCGUCCUCAUCAACCUGAUCCACGUCAUAGUCAUCUGCUACUACUUGAGACCCGUCAGGUUCACCCCGGAGCUAGAACAGGUAUACAAGAGCCUGUUCCAGCCCCUGAAGGUCUCUCGACACCAGUUCAAGCGAGUCAUCAACUGCAUGAAGCUGAUCCGGUACGUCAAGUUCCAGGAGAUCUACGCUCAGGAGAAGAUCACCAGGGUCGACUCCCUCUCCCUCGUCCUGUCUGGCAGACUGGUGAUCAGUCAAAACGGUCGGGCGCUGCACAUAGUCUCCCAGCACCAGUUCCUGGACUCUCCGGAGUGGUUUGGCGUCUCCACCGACGAGUUCUUCCAGGUGUCGGCGACAGCCAUCGAAGACUCGAGAGUCCUCAUCUGGCAUCGAGACAAGCUCAAGCUGACCAUUAUGGGCGACCAGUUCCUGCAGGCGGUCUUCGAUCACAUCCUGGGCCGCGACGUCGUCAAGAAACUGAUGCAGUUGCCAGAGGCAGGAGGGCAGACACCAAGCGAGGUGGAGCUGGAGGUCAACGAGAGUCUGUCAGGCAUGGGCAAUGGUCACUGUGUUGCCAACCUCUCAGAUGACAGCGAGAGCAAGCCGCUCCUGGUGGUCAAGAAAGGGGAGGAGUCGGGGAGCAUAACAGCCAUUAUCAACCGACAGUUGCAGGUUAAUGACACUCCUCCGUGGAGACUCGGACGCAUUGAGGAAACAGAUCAGGAGACUCCAGUAUGAGCCGCAUGAGCUGGGAUCUCCCCUCCUCAACGCCUUCAAGCUCUUCGCCCCGCAGCUGGAGAACGUCGAGCACUAUCAACACCUCGUCGAGCUUUAAAGCCUGAUAACGGUCAUUCAAGGGAUAUGGAAACCUUGAUUGCUUGCCUUCAUCCUUUAAGAAAUGGUGUCUGUUGUGUUGUAAUAAAAUAUUUCAGUGA